UUCUCCUCGCAGCUUCCUCCUCGCAGACAAACAUUCAGGAGCAAGCUGACUGCUAUAUGCUUCAUACAUGAUCGUCUGAAUAAAUGUACGUGCGUUUCUCUCACCAGUCUUUACGAGGAAUAACAUUCUGAUCGCGGAGCUGCAUUUAAUUCCCGAUCCUGCACAAUAGAUGCUGAUUUCCUCACCAUGGCAACAGAAGAUAAGAAACCAGACACAGAUACAAAACCUCCAGUUGCACCAUCAGCUUCUGCCAGUCAAAGCAAGUCUGCACCUGCCAAGCCAAACUACAGCCUGAAAUUCACAUUAGCGGGCCACACGAAAGCCGUCUCCUCUGUCAAAUUCAGUCCCAGUGGAGAAUGGCUCGCCAGCUCAUCUGCUGAUAAACUCAUCAAAAUCUGGGGAGCGUAUGACGGCAAGUUUGAGAAAACCAUAUCUGGACAUAAACUUGGCAUAUCUGAUGUGGCCUGGUCCUCUGACUCCAACCUCUUGGUGUCUGCAUCAGAUGACAAAACCCUGAAGAUCUGGGACGUCAGCUCGGGAAAAUGCCUAAAAACUCUAAAAGGUCACAGCAACUACGUCUUCUGCUGCAACUUCAACCCCCAGUCCAAUCUUAUCGUGUCAGGAUCGUUUGACGAGAGUGUGAGGAUAUGGGACGUGAAGACUGGGAAAUGUUUGAAAACAUUGCCAGCUCAUUCUGAUCCAGUCUCUGCUGUUCAUUUCAACAGAGACGGCUCCCUCAUUGUGUCCAGUAGCUAUGACGGCCUCUGCCGAAUCUGGGACACAGCCUCGGGGCAGUGUUUAAAGACACUCAUAGACGAUGACAACCCCCCUGUGUCAUUCGUGAAGUUUUCCCCCAACGGAAAAUACAUCCUGGCUGCUACACUGGACAACACGCUGAAGCUGUGGGACUACAGCAAAGGAAAGUGCUUGAAAACGUACACAGGCCAUAAAAACGAGAAGUACUGCAUAUUUGCAAAUUUCUCCGUCACCGGUGGAAAGUGGAUCGUGUCGGGCUCAGAGGACAACAUGGUUUAUAUCUGGAACCUGCAGACGAAGGAGAUUGUGCAGAAACUCCAGGGCCACACAGACGUCGUCAUUUCGACUGCCUGCCACCCGACAGAGAACAUCAUCGCAUCUGCGGCUUUAGAAAAUGACAAAACCAUCAAGCUAUGGAAAAGCGACUGCUAAGCCCUCUUGGAUCUUUUUGGGGGCUAUUCAUAUUUUUUUUUUUUCUACAUUUUGUUGUAAGAAAAGAGGACGUUUUUUUCUAACAGAGAGCACCUGCUGGAUGCAGACGGCUUUCGGGUAAUGAAAUUCAGCACGGAGAGCCACACACACACAUACGCACCAUAUCAGCCGAGGCUAGUCCUGCAGCGGACGUGUUCCCCCUUGUCGCAUCUGAGAUAUUUCAUCAGUGUUUUUUUUUUUUUUCCCCACACGUGCCAGAUUUUGUUGUCCCAGAAGGGAAAUGGGGGAAUUUUGUUAUACAACACCGCUCUGGUGCUUCAGUAUUUUUUUUUUAACACUGCAUUAACCCUAAUGUCACUGCUGCAUACCAGCUCCCACACACUCAUUUAUGGCCUUGUAUAAUACAUCUAAUAAUUCGGCCUUUUUGUUUCCCCCCCCCCCAUUUCUUUUGUCUGUGUAACUGUAGGAUCGUCUAAAUUUCUUCAAGGUGGAGGUGACUUUGACAUCAAGCAUCACAUUUCAGUAAAAAAAAAAAAAAAAAAAAGGUACCUAAAACCCUUUUGUCUGUUAUUUAUUCAAGUGGUGCCACAGUUACUUCUCUUUCUCUCCUUAACAUCAGAUGUCAGAUCUUAAGUAAGCGCUGUGCCAUACCAUGAGAUAUUUUCAGAGCUUGAACCAAGUCCAUAACACCUUAAAAUGUGAUGUCACAUAUACAAUACUUUGAGAAUUACAAUCUACAAUAUUGAAAUGAGUAUUUUCUUUUUACAAUCCUACUGGAGCCUUGACUUGAGAUCCCUCCUCUCCUAAUGUUAAUAUUUUACAGUUCACCACAGCGACCAAAUGCAUUUAUUUUGUGUUGUAGGAGUUGUACAUAGUACGCCGUCAUGUACUGUGAUUGGAUUAUUUUAGCUGUUGUUGUUUUUUUUUUUUGUUUUUUUUUAUAAUUACUGCUUUCUGAUUAUCUCAUAGUUCUGCACACCAAGCCAGCAGCCUCUGUUCUCUAUAGUUAACCUGGAUUUUUGUGGAAUCUGUUUUGCAUUCGACAGCUAUGACCUGCAACUUAAUAAAACCAGUUUUUGUA